GGUCCUUUGUGCGCCUGCGCGCUCGCGCUCCCGCCCUCUCGCGGCGCUGGGCUUAGUCAGUCAGUCUGUCGGAGUCUGUCCUCGGAGCAGGAGGGGCGAAGCGACUUCGGAGAGCUAGCCGCCGGACUCGAUUAUUCUCUUUCCCCUCCUCUCUCCCGUCCCACAGCUCUCUUCACCCCUCUCCCUCCCUUGCUCGCGCAGCCAUGGCGGAGCUGUCGGCGGCCACUCAGUCCCCGUCCGUCUCGUCGUCCUCCGGGGCCGAGUCCUCUGCGCCCGGUGGCGGCGGUGGGAGCCCGGGAGCCUGCCCCGCCCUGGGGGCGAAGAGCUGCGGCUCCUCCUGUGCGGCCAGUUUCCCAGCUCGUCCUGCUUUUCUCUCAAAGGAAGUUGGUCAAAAGGAACAGCAAAUAAAUAAAGAUGAGUCCAAGAGCCCAAAUGAGGUACCAAGUUGCAAUGAUAAAACUUCCUUGGAUGCUGAUGACAAGUUCACUUUGCCAACAUCCCAGAAACUACCCAUGGAACAGUCUGAAGCAGAAGGCAUUUGUACAUAUUCUUUAUCCCCCUCUGAAGUUUCAGGGGGUGGUAUUAUUGAAAAGGAUUCCCCCGAAUCACCAUUUGAAGUAAUUAUUGACAAAGCAGCAUUUGACAAAGAAUUUAAAGACACAUAUAAGGAAAGUGCAAAUGACUUUGGUAGUUGGGCAGUGCAUACUGAUAGAGAAUCACAUGCAGACAUUUCAGAGUCUAAGGACAAAGUAUUUCCACUGAGAAAUAAAGAAGCGGGGCAUUACCCAGCCUCUGGGUUGCUCACUAGACAGUUUUCACACACAACUGCAGCAUUGGAGGAGGUGUCUAGAUGUGUGAAUGAUAUGCAUAACUUUACUAAUGAAAUACUGACUUGGGAUUUGGUUUCCCAAGUGAAACAGCAGAGUGCUAAGUCUGACUACAUCACAAAAACUACAGGACUAGACACGAGUGAAUAUAAUUCAGAAAUUCCGGUUGCAAAUCUUAAAACCAACACUCAUCAGAAAAUUCCUGUAUGUUCUAUUGAUGGGAGCACUGCUGUCCCUAAACCAACAGGCGAUUGGGCAGAAAUGUCUCUCCCACAGGAAAAUGCUAUGCCAGACUCUGUUUCCAUGCAGGAAAUCAAUACCAAAGGUGUGCAAGGCAGUGUACAGAAAAGAGAUGACACAGUUGCAGAUUUACCUGGAUCUCCAUUUGAGAAACGUGUCUCUCUGGGUUCUGGAGUGGCCACAGUGAAAGUGGUUUUACCUGAUGGCCACUUGAAAAAUGAAAUGAAUUGGCAGACCUCUGUGUUGGGGGAAAUGACAGAGGCUGAUAGUUCUGGUGAGUCUGAUGACACAGUAAUAGAGGACAUCACAGCUGAUACUUCAUUUGAAAGCAACAAAAUUCAGACUGAAAAACCUGUUCCCAUUCCAAGUGCUGUUGUAAAAACAGAUGAAAGAGAAGUCAAAGAGACUCUUAAUUGUAAUAGGGAAGACAAAACAUCUGGAAACUUUGAAGGGUCAGUCAGUGACUCUGAGCCACAAGUUCAGCCUGAUAUUCUUCAAAGGAGACCUGCCAGUGAGGCACCAUGUUCACAAGUACCUGAUAGGAAUUUUAUCUCAGAAGAGGUGAAGCAGUCUCAUCUUAUGAGUGUAGUUGCUCCUGCAACGCCUGUUGCAGCUGAGAACCCAAAACUUCCUUCAGCAGCAUCUCCAAAUGUUUUUAACGAUAAGACAGAAUUCUCACUAAAUGUGAUAGCCUCUGCCUCUUUGGAGUCAUUGCAUGAAAAAAGUGUUAAAGAUAUAGAUGAUUCUUCCCCAGAGGACCUGAUAGCAGCCUUUUCAGAAACCAGAGAGAAAGGAAUACUAGGUAAAGGUGAAGGAAGUACCUUUGAAGCAGUAUCAGAGAAAACUGAGGACUUAGAAACAACUCAUUCUGCAGAUGUUUUGCAUGAAAGUGAGUCAGGUGGUUCUGAAAUUAAAAACGUAAAAAGCAAAUACAGUGAACAAAGCAAAGAAACAGAUAGGAGUGAACUUCUUGAUAUUCUCUCUACCCAGCUUACUCCAGCAGCCUCUCUGGACUUAGAACAGGAACAGCUCACAAUCAGAGCCCUUAAAGAAUUGAGUGAAAGGAAGAUUGAGAAGUUCACUUCUGCACAGGAUAAAGUAGACUCUCCUGAAGAAAUACUCAAGCCGACUUUAACAUUUGCUUCAGAAUCAUCUUGGCCACAGAGAUCAUGUGAUAUCCUACAACAUAAAGAUGUCAAGACUGGAUCUGAUCUUGAAAUUUCCAAGAAGCCCACUCUUAACAAAGAAACUGCUAGUGUAGAUAUUACUUCCAGCCUUAGCAAGACCGAACUGGUAAACAAGCAUGUCUUAGCAAGACAUCUGACAGACUUCUCAGUGCACGACUUGAUUUUCUGGCGAGAUGUGAAGAAGACUGGGUUUGUCUUUGGCACCACACUGAUCAUGCUGCUUUCCCUGGCAGCUUUCAGUGUCAUCAGUGUGGUUUCUUACCUCAUCCUUGCUCUUCUGUCUGUCACCAUCAGCUUCAGAGUCUACAAGUCUGUCAUCCAAGCUGUACAGAAGUCAGAAGAAGGCCAUCCAUUCAAAGCCUACCUGGAUGUAGACAUCACUCUGUCCUCAGAAGCUUUCCAUAAUUAUGUGAAUGCUGCCAUGGUGCACAUCAACAAGGCCCUGAAACUCAUCAUUCGUCUCUUCCUGGUGGAAGAUCUAGUUGACUCCUUGAAGCUGGCUGUCUUCAUGUGGCUGAUGACCUAUGUUGGUGCCGUUUUCAAUGGGAUCACCCUUCUGAUUCUUGCCGAACUGCUCAUUUUCAGUGUUCCAGUCGUCUAUGAGAAGUACAAGACCCAGAUUGAUCACUAUGUUGGCAUUGCUCGGGAUCAGACCAAGUCCAUUGUUGAAAAGAUCCAAGCAAAAGUCCCUGGAAUCGCAAAGAAAAAGGCAGAAUAAGUACAUGGACACCGGAGAUGCAACAGUUACUAAAACACCAUUUAAUAGUUAUAAUGUUGUUACUUGUACUAUGAAGGAACGUGCUCAGUGUCAGCUUGAGCCUGCAUUCCAAGCUUUUUUUUUUUUAAUUUGGUGUUUUCUCCCCACCUUUCCCUUUAUCCUCAGUAUCAAGCACAAGAAUGAUUGGACUAAAAAAAGAACUGAUACCUUAGAACCCGAAAGAAUAAAGGAUCAAAUUAAUAGGAUAAAUCAGUACCUUAAGGGUGGUGGAGCUUUUACCUAUAGCUUGAAAGGAGGGGAAAGAUUGGAAGUAGGAGAAAAUGAAAAAUGAACACAUCUCUUGGAUUCUUCUAUCCAAGUUUCAAGGAAUAGUUUUACACAGCUUCCCAUCAUAGUUUUGCCCUUAUUUUUAAGUUAAGAAAUAAUGAUUAAUUUAUGAAGAAAUUAUCCGGGACAAGAGUGGGAUUCCUUCCCUUGGUUUUUUUGUGUUUCGGGGGGGUUUGUUUCAGUUUUUUCUUUUUUUUUUCUUCCUUUUUCUUUUUUCUUGUUUUUUUUUCUUUUCUUUUUUUUUUUUUUUUUGCAAUCCUCUGAUCCCAUCUUUCUGCCCCACAAUGUGAGCAGCUACUCCUAAUAUUCUUCAUUUGGUGAGAUAACUUUCAACUCUAUGAAUAACUUAUAGGUGAUAGUGAUAAUUCCCGAUUGCCAGAAUGCCAUCUGAUAACCAAGAACAGAGACGGAAAGCGGGAUGGAGGAGUGCACAGGAGCGCUGCUGUGCCUCCCACUCAGCCUUAGGAAAGGCAAGGCUCCGCCACAUGGGGCGUGGCGUCUGUCAUUUCUUUUGGACACCAGUUCUGAGCUUUAGUUUGAGAGCUUAUUUCUGAAUGUGCUUUCCUCCCUCUUUCCUACCCUCAAGUUGAAUAAAUAUGGUUGUACUUUUCUUAUUAUAAAAUAAAUGUCUGUAACUGCUGUACACUGCUGUAAACUUGUUAGAGAAAAAAAUUAAUCUGCAUGUGGGCUCCUCAGUUACUGAGUUAUUGUAAUCCUCGUAAGUCUCAGUCCAUGUUGGGGGGAACAUUCUCAAGAGGUGAGCUACAGAAACACAAAGGCCUUCUUCUCUUUUCUUUUUUCCCUGCAAAUUCCUCCUUCCCAUGCUGUAUCUUUAACCUGUGCUCAUCGUUUUACCUAAGGAGCAAAGCCCGACUGGCUUGAGAGGAGAUUGUUGGUGUCUGUGGUUAAGAGACCACAGAUUAGGGUAGAGAAGCACAUUUCGUGGUUCAUAGGAAACUCUAACUCCGAGGCUAGCUUAUUGUGAGUGUGUCGCAUUGAGGGCACCUGUCACUUUCAGGCACAUAAGAUGUCUUAGCACCUCUCCUGUGGUGCGGGGUGCUCCUUUUGAGUGUUUUGCAAGGAGCUUUAGGUACGGGGGACCGGGCAGGGCCUUGUUCUAUUGAUGAGUUUCAUGCACAGUUUAAAGACAGCAGUUCACGUUGACAUCAAAUGGUAGGUGUUUGGGAACGGGAUUCCCAGUUGAGACUUCUUAAGUGUCUUCCUCCCCCUCCACCAUGAAAAUUCAGUAAACUUGAAAGAAAAGUCAUCUCCGAGUUUCUUCAUGUUAAUCCAGAGGGAAUAUGAACUGGUGAAUUUAAAGUAAGGGCUACAGUCUUUGACAGUCCCAAAGCAGUGCAAGUCCUUAGAAGUUAGUGGAGGAAAGUUUUCUUUCUACUCUCUUGAGGAAAUUUCUUAGGAAUCUAGAUGGGUAAAAGGUACCCUUGCCUUACUCCACUCUUAUUUUCUUAGCCCCUUUUGCUUUCAAAAUGUUUUAACUGAUUUCAUGUCAUAGUAGAAAAUCCCUUCUCCAUCCCCACCCUUUACCCUCCCAGGAAGUCAGUGCACUGAUGAUCUUUUUGGGCUUCCCCUCCAAAGGACCUUUUUCUGCACUGGAAGCCUCCACACCUAGCUCUUUGUUUUGUUACUGCUGUGUUUAGAUAAUUGGACAGAUCUCUGUGCCACACAGGAAUUUUUUUUUUUUUUAAGAAAAAUCUAUAGAUGAAAAAUUACUAAUGAAACUGUGUGCGUGUAUGUGCGUGCAACAUGACAGUACAGUAGCACCUAAGGAGCUUGACUCUUGGUUCCUGUAAAACUGCAAAUUGAUGUGGUAUCAAUAAAAAGAACAAAAUGA